CAUGGCGAACAUGCUGACAGUUUCAUUUAUUUUCCUUUACAAAAACUUCUCUUACUCAUCGCUGAGUUAAAAUAAAUGAGAAAUACCAACGCCAGCGUCUAGAUUUAUUAUCAAAGCACAGUGUGCAUAUUACUUUGCCGACAUUAAUCGCCAGGAAAUUCCCGAAGAGGCCAUGGUUGUAGGUGAUGGUGGAAACUCCACCAUCCAGGAUGUUGUCUUUGUUGUGGAAGGGACGGCGAAUCUUGGAGCCUACAUCGACGGCAUCACGCAGUCGUACAUAAAGCCUUCUCUCGAGUACUUCAGUGGUGGUCCACCAGACGACGUUGACUAUGGCUUUGAUUAUGGUUGCACCCUGUACAACCUGGUAGUUUUCUAUGCUGCUGACUGUGCUCCUGCACCCCCUGUCAACUGUGUGGCACCCACAACCAGCACUCAUGAAUUUCUACAGUGGAUGGAUCAAAUACCGUUUGUUGGAGGCGGAGGUGAGGCAUGUAGUCACAUUGCUGAAGGUCUGAGUACAGCGCUGCAGGUGUUUGAUGACCUCAACGCCUUGAGAGAAAAUUGCGUUAAUACGCAGAAGCAUUGUGUGCUUGUGUGUAACUCGCCGCCUUACCAGAUCCCAAGCCAGGGACACUCCAAGUAUUCAGGCUUUGUGGCUGAGCAGUUAGCGGCCAUGUUAGGAGAGAGAGGUGUGAAUUUUUCUGUUAUGGCGCCAAGAAAAUUGCCAGUUCUUCAAAGGCUUUAUGAUAAGGCGAGUACAGAUGUGUCGGUAGUGUCAAAUAAAGACUACACUAAAGAUCCCCGCCACCUGGUGCUACUAAAGGGGUAUCAUCUGCAGGAGCGAGCGCCCAGUCCGUCAUCCGAGAAGGAGAAAGCCAGUGCUGCCGCAACUGCUGCUAACGCAACGAUCAAGCAAGUUGGGAGCCCCGCUCCUGGACAGGGAAUGACAAACAGUCCCAAACCUGGCACACAGACCACCAUCCCCAAGAAGGUCAACUCCCCAGCUGGGGCGGGUGACGGGCAAUUCAAAGUGCCUACAUCAACUGUCACUUCACAACCAGGCCCAGCAGCUCAGGGUCAGAAUGCUCCAAUGAGGCCAAUCCUGACGAAUACUGUGUCCAGCCAACAGGGUGUGAUUCCGGGCAAUCAACAGAGAAUGCCCGUACCUAGUCAGAUCCAGAAUCAGCCGCAACCAAUUCCGCCGAUGCAGAACCCCAAUCCGAUGGUGGCCAGUGGACCACGUGGCCCUCCACCUGCGGCGCAGGAAGCUGCCAAGGCAAUCCUUGCAGAAGCUAUGGGGAAAAUACCCCAGCCUAAUGUUCCUGCAGUUCCUACAACGCAACAAAAACUAACUGCACUCGGCCAGCAACCGAAUAUAUCCACACAAGGUUCGAUGAUGUCGUCGCAGAUGACCCCUUCACAGCAGACGCCAAUGAUGACGUCGCAACCACAGAUGACAUCGCAACCACAAAUGACGUCACAAAUGCCGAUGCAACCACAGAUGACGUCGCAGUCACAAAUCAUGCAGAAUCCCAAUCCGCAGCAGAUGAUGAAUCAGCAGAAUAUGAUGACGUCACAACAGCAAGUGAUUACAUCACAGCAACCUCUGAUGACGUCACAGCAACAAGUGGUGUCCCAGGGAAUGACUUUACAACAACAACAGCAACAACUACAAGCAUUGACCUCUCAACAUCAGGCGUUGACCGCACAGCAACAGACGUCCCAGCACCAGACUAUGACGUCGCAACAGCAGAUGGUAACGCCCCAACAACAGAUGGUGACGUCGCAUCAGGUGUCACAGCCGCAGCAGAUUUUGACGUCAAAGCCAAUGACUGCUACACAACAGUUGCAACAGAUUCAGCAACAACAGAAGCAGGUGAGCCAAGCUCCGAUGAUGACAUCACAGCCACAGCCGGCGAUCAACACGCAGAACAUCCAGAUGAUGCAACAACAUCAGCAACAACAACAACAACAACAACAACAGCAGGCCAUGAUCGGCCAGAAUCAACUCGUCACAUCGCAGGGCGUGAUGCAGCCUCAAAAUCCUGGGAUGCCGCCGCAGAACAUUCAACAGCAAAAACCACAACAAGUAGUGAUGAGGGAGCCUAAGGUCGUGUGGCGAGGUACACUCGAAUGGCAGGAGAAGAACAGGGCACAAGCAGCAACAGUAAACACUGGUCCGAGGGUUUUGAGGUCCUUGGCUUGUGAAGUGUGUAUCAAUGCUGGAGACACCGAUCUGAACACUGCCCGCUGGCCUCAGAACCUGAUCAUGCAGUUGAUUCCACAACAACUCCUCACCCAGCUACAGCAUCUAUUCAAACAAUCAAAAAACGUCGGAUUCCGAUUCUCACAGACGGAUCUAGAGGCCCUUAGCAAUCUGCAGAAAAUCAUGUCGUCCGGUUUCGCUGGUUGUGUUCACUUCCCGAACCAGACCAACUGUGACAUCCGCGUCCUCAUGUUGCUGUAUAGUACGAAGAAGGACCAGUUCAUCGGCAUGAUUCCUCACGACCAGGCGAGCUUCGUCAACGGCAUUCGAACGGUCAUUCAAUCACACAAGACUGCACAGCAACAGAAAGCUCAGCAGCAGAAGAUCAUGUCACUUCAACAACAACAGCAACAGCAGCAGCAGCAACAAGCGACGGCCGCAGCAUCCCAACCCCAACCGCCCCCGCCCCAACCCCAACCCCAACAAAUCCCACAGCCCCCAAGCCAGCUGCAACAGCAGGGAGGACAGCCUUUCCAACAGGGGGUAAAUAUUCCACAGCCCAAUGCGUCUGCCGCUAUCACAACGAACAUGCCGCUCGUCACGUCGCAGGUGUCCAGUGCCCUGUCGAUGGCCGGCGGCCAGGUCCAACAACAACAGGCUCAACAGGUGGCCAUGGAUGACCAGCAGAGAGCGAUGAAUUUAGACAAUUUUUCGUUUCAGCAGAAGAUACAAGCACUCCAGCAAGAGGUUGAAAACCUGAAGCAAAAGGAGCAAAUAUACCAGUCGGAGAAGAACAAAGCCCUCGAGGCUGCUAGGCAAACGCAGUUGAGAAACAGACAACAGCUUCAACAGCAACAACAGCAACAGAGGCUUUUACAACAGCAGCAGCAGCAACAACAACAACUUACCCAACAACAACAACUUACCCAACAACAACAGCAACAGCAACAACAACAACAACAACAGCAGCAACCGACCAAUCAACAGUUGAGACAUUUACUGCUAAACCAGCAACAGCAACAGCAACUGCGACAACAGCAGAUGCUAUUGCAACAACAACAGCAACAGCGGGCACGUGCCCCGAUGCCUCAGGUUCAGCCAGGGUUGCUGCCCCCUGGUGGCCAACCUGGCAUGCAGGGAAUGGGCCAGAUGCCGCAAGGAGGAUUCAAACCGGAUGACUUCAAUCUUGGAGGCCCGGACCUUUUAUGAGACUGUGUAAUGUAGUGAAAAGUGUGACAUGUUGUAUGCCUAAAUAAGGCUCAACCAAUAUUAGUGGCCUGAAAUUAAAGACAAAAGACUAAUUGGAUACUGGGCGCUCCUUUUGGAGCUGGGCUGCCCUUAAGAAAUGAUUUGUUUGGUGAAACACCUACCCAGUCAAGAAAGAAGAAACGUUGCCAGAAAUAUUUCAUUCUUCCUAUGAGGAGAUUUGAACGAAUUGCUUUUUUGUUGUCGAUAAAAAAAGAAUUUCAUCCAACAAACAAUAUCUUAUGGAGAGUUGAAAGUAUGUACGCAAUGGAGAGGAAUGUCUUAGGAAAAUAGAAUCUUGCAAAUUAUGGGUGAAAAUUUAUUCACCUGUACUCUAUAGGCCUGCCAUUUUUUGUGAACCGGAGGCAGUUAAAAAUCCAAACUGAUCAAGUUACACUUUAUGACAGACCCUUUAGCGAAUCGCCAUGUCUCCUUCUAACAUCGGUGGUCUAUUGGAGGUAGUUCUCCCAGUACCUACAGGGUCAUAAGCUAGCCUGAUCAGGCAUUCUGUUAAAGAGGUACGCCGUUCGUAAUAACUUGUGGUCAAGUUAAAUAGAAAUCAACUAAUACACAAUGCCGUAGUGCAGUUAUUGUGAAUACAAAUAUGUUUAAACUUGGUAUUCAUGGUAUUUGUAUAUCAGUCUACACAACGGCAAUGUUGAAAUUUAUAAUUAGUACGUAUUUCCGCAAUUGGACAUUUCUAAAUUCAAUUACAAAUUCAACAUUUUUAGCUCACCUCUUAGCAGAGGUGAGCUUAUCCCAUACCGUGGCGUCCGUCGUCCGUCGUCGUCGUCGUCGUCGUCGUCGUCGUCGUCGUCGUCGUCGUCGUCCGUCGUCCAUUAGCAGGGCACGUUUCGUAACUGUUAGAGCUAUUGAGUUGAAACUUAGUAGACAUGUACCCUUAUGUAAUGACACCUUGGAGACCAAGUUUCGGUCCGAUUCGUUUCAUGGUUUGGCCACCAGGGGGCCAAACGUUAAAAGUGAAAAUAUGCAAUAUCUCCCUUAAUAGUAGUCGGGAAAUU